AUGCUAUUCAAUAGCAUCACUAUAUUGGUGUAUAGGAUUGCGGAAGCUGCGGAGCUGGAGUACAGCGCCUUGCUCAUGCACUCUGAGCUAGUCCAGGAUGGCAAGGUGACAAAAGCUGUGAAGUUAGCGGUGCUUGGCGGCGACUGGUACCUUGGGUCUGCUUCUGUAGUGUUGGCUGAUACAGGCCUACAGCCAGUGGUUCAAGAGAUGUCCGAUGCGAUAGCCGAGAUGACAGCAUACAAUGUGGAGACGAAGGGGAAGUCUGGCGUGACGGCUCGGAGACGGGCUGAGUUCAGUCGAAUAAUCCUCAAGCAUGCCUGCAAAUCACUGGGUCAUGUACAGCAGCGCUCUGGAGAGACAUUAGAACGGCUUGGCAAGCUGGGCUUCGACGUGCCGUUGGUGGACAUGGAGAAUUUUAGUGGUCUUUGGCCUGAGUCUGGGAAGACGGAACGCCGUGUUGAUGCUUUGACAAAGUUGAUGUGCGUUUUGGCGACCAACUGA